GUUUGUGGUUCUUCUGUGCCAGGGUCAUCUUUAGCCUAGGCUUUAUGGUCCGAUGAGUUCUCCAGUUCAUUACUUGCGUCUUUAUCAGUUUUGCUGGCUUUUAUUCGUGUUGUUAAUUAUAGGCCACCUCAAACCUGAUUUGGUAUACAUUAUUAAACAAUAUUCACUAUAAUUUAGUGUCAAAGGUGCUUUGUUAAAUUGUUGGAAUUGAUCAUUCCUGUAAUAGCUUGCAUGGUACACAGACUGCCCCGUUGCCCAAUUUUCUAGAUAAACCACUUUUCAAAAAUUGGUAACACAUAUUACAAGUAGGGUAAACAAAUUAACAUUGUGAUGCUAUCUGAAUGUAUUUUAAUAGUGAGGGAACAUAUCCACGGUAAAAAAAAAUGCUGCCUGGCAAGAGAACCAGCAUCAUCAAAACAAGGUAAAAGAUAAAAAGUAAUGAGAAGUUGAGGGGAAAUGUAUAUCUGAAUGUAGGCAGUAGAUAAAAUCGUUCUUUGUCUCACAUCUAACAGUGCUCUGCAGAAAACGUAAUGGUUGCACAAACUUUUUUUUUAAACUUGUCAGCAAAGCCUCAGAUAUAAAUGUCAAAGUGAUGAUUGCUGUUCCUUCUCAGGAGAAAUAGCCCAGGGUGGACUCCUUACCCUCUCCCUAGUUGCCGUGGAAACAUUCUGGUGACUUCAUCACAGGUAGAGUGUUUGGAGGUUCUUCAGCCCACCUCGGAAGGUGGGAGCCUAACUCAUUCCGAGAGGAGUUACGGAUGUGAACUGUGGCCAAUUUUUCUUCCCUUUAGCUCAGUGCAUCCUUGCCAUUAACAGACUUUUGAAUCUAAGUAAAAUGUCUUUGAAACAUCAGUGGAAUAUGAUCAAGCUGUCUGAGGAAGGAUUACGGGACAGCCAGUACAGUCCCCACGAUCAAAUUGCCCUUAAAAACCUCCAGUCUGAUGUUCCAGAGAGGAGAUCUGACUUCACCGAGGGGACUCUGGCAUCUCAGAAUACAAAGAUGAUUUCAUCCAUAGUCAUUUCACAGCUGAUUGAUGAGAAUAAAUCAAAAGAAAAUGGGGCCGCGUUGCCUAUGCCGUGUGCAUGUCCCAUGAAGCCGUCUCUGGCUAAUCGCAGCAGAGUCACCAUUAACAGGGCCCUCGAGUUCCUUCCCGGAGGACUGGGAAUUCAGACCCCGGCGGGGGAGCCAGGACUCAAGACCAAGCCACCGCCCAAGGAGGAGAAGCCAUGCAGCGGCUCCCAGAAGGGCUUUGCAUCCAUCACCAUCACGGCCAGGCGUGUGGGUGCCCCUGCCAGCACCCUGGUGUGGGAGGCUGUUGGGGACCCACUCUGCGUCAAGUGCAGGGCCCGGGACGCCCUGCUUGGGGACCCCUCUGCUCUGGCCGGCAGGGCCGAUCCAAGUCAGCAGCACGGACCUUUCACCUGUACAGAGUUCUCCAGAAACAGCUGCGUGAUGGGGCUGAAGGUCCCCGAGGCCCAUGCACAGCUGUGUGAGGGACAUGGGUACUGGAUCACCAACGUGGACCACGGGGAGGAUCAUUUUUCUCCAGGCACCUUGCGGUCACGGGCAGGAAAGAGCCCGCUGUUGUUCAGCUCGUGUGUCCAUCUCAGGGUGUCCCAGUCGUGUCCCAAUCCCAUCUACUCUCUGGACAGGUCCCUGUCGGUCCCUGUGGAGCCACCUCGGCUUGCUGGCCCGAAGACGCACAGAUCCGUCCUGUCCCUCAACCUGAGCUGCAGUGCACACAGGCUGACACCAGAUGGCGGAGACGACACAGAGAUCAGAGAGCCUAGACGCGGAGCCCUGAGGCCCGCGCUCCGGGAGGGAGACGAGGACCUCCUUGGCCCACGCUGGAACCUGGGUUUGCAAGGAAGUUUCUCGAAGGAAAACCCAUCGUUGGGGCAGGUGCAUUUCGGGAACUUGGGGACUGGCAGGUGUCCUUGGAGAGGCUCUCCUCCUUUGGAAAAUGCAGAGGUGGGAAGUAACCAGAUCACCGUGAGAAAACGGAAGGAGGACCAGGCGGCUCAUUGUCCCGCCCGUGGUCACGAUCAGGCCCACCAACUGUCCAUUCACAUCCCGGGCUGGAGUUACACAGCAGAAGACCCUGCUCGGCUCUCUCAGUCAGCUCCCACCCAUCGGGCUCAUCCACUGUUGGGUCACUGGACUUCUCAGAAGAGGCGGCAACCCCUCAGCUGA